AUGGCAAGCGCAGCGCCGCAUUUCUCCCCUGCCUGUCCGAUACCCCCGGACCUCGAUGCACAGACAAGAGUCAAGCAGCUCAAGGACGCGCUUAAAGAGGACUGCUGGCAAUUUCAGAAAGCGAACAUCCUAAAACUUAUCGAACUUUACGAAAGUGGAGAACUAAAACCUCCAUCUUUUAGAGAUACUAUUUGGCUUUGUGAUGGCAAAGUCUUAGAUAAAGAACCCGGACUUGGUGAUACUCCUAAAAAUGCUAUCCUUUGGGCUGAGGGGCUUGGUAUGCAGAUGAUGCAGCAGAAUCACCCGCGAUGA